CCGGGAGCAAUUUUCUCCUAGAGAAAAGACUGAUGAAAUGGGAAUGGGAAGGAGAGGGGAUCAUUUUAAUUCGAGGGAGAAGUAUUGAAGGGCCUGGACGAAAAUAUAUGCGAACUCUCAUUUUGAACGCUCAGUUGCCAUGGUUUUCUGUCCAGUGCGGAGACCGGAGAAAUGGCUAAAGGUGAAUAACUCUUCUUCUUCUUCUUCUUCUUCUUCAGUUUGUUGGUUAAAAGAGAAAGCAGGCGGCUUUGGUUCGAACUCGUGAUUUCCAGAUUCCAUUAUUGCAGUUCAGAGAGAGGAGACGGGUCCAGUUCUUAACUGUAGAUGCAUCAGAAGAAAGUCUCACCAAACACCAAUCCUCUCCACCCACCACCACCAUCAUCAUCCGACCCGACUCAUUUAACUCGCCCUACACCCGAUCUCGAAAUUCACUACCAGAAGAAGAAUGAGCCGCCCCUCUUCCCCUCCACUCCCCACAAAAGGCCUCUAAUGCCCCGAAGCUCCACCCCAUCUCACUCCCAAACCCUCUCAUCUCUCCACGACAGUCCUUUUAAAGCAUCCUCACACCCGCCCUUCCCCUGUUCUUGCUCACUACCGCUGCUUCUAGCUACUAAGAGGAUCACUCUGAGGCUCCUCCACCAUUCUUGCCGAGCCUCAUGGCUUAGGCUCCACACCAAGCUUUUCAUUCUCCUUUUUUUGCCCACUUUUUAUCUCUUAACCACAGCUUAUUACCGUUAUUUCUUAUUUUUUCUGGUCUGUGCUGUAUUCCUUUUCCUUCUUGUGAUUGCCCUUAGCUUAGCUCUCCCAGCUAUCCGCCAUUUUUUUAUAUCAAAAAUAAAGCCUGCCCCAUCAAAGACUCAUCUUCCUGUUGUUUGGUCAAUCGGGGCAAAGCCCAAAUUGGAAUGUAAGCUGGAUUCGGGCUGUUGGGUGCAAAUUUAUAGCAACGGGGAUUUGUAUGAGGGAGAAUUCCAUAAAGGAAAGUGUUCCGGAAGUGGGGUGCAUUACUACCAUUUGACUGGGAGGUACGAAGGGGAUUGGGUCGACGGGAAGUAUGACGGAUAUGGAGUGGAGACGUGGGCGAAGGGGAGCCGAUAUAGGGGACAAUAUUUGCAGGGACUGAGGCAUGGAGUUGGGUUGUAUAGGUCCUACACUGGGGAUGCGUAUGCUGGGGAGUGGUGUAACGGGCAGUGCCACGGGCAGGGCAUACAUACUUGUGAGGACGGGAGCAGUUAUAUCGGGGAAUUCAAGUGGGGCGUCAAACAUGGCCUUGGCACUUACCAGUUCAGGAAUGCAGAUAACUAUGCUGGCGAAUAUUUUGCAGACAAAAUGCAUGGUUUUGGGGUCUACAGAUUUGGAAAUGGACAUCGAUACGAGGGAGCCUGGCAUGAGGGAAGGAGGCAAGGUUUUGGCACUUACACUUUCAGGAAUGAGCAAACUCAGACCGGUCACUGGCAAAAUGGGGUUCUUAACGUUUCAAGUGGUGGAUCCUCCAUGGCAUACGACCACCGUUCCAAAGUGUUGCAUGCCGUUCAGGGCGGAACCGACCAGGGGUUUACACUCUGAACUUAGGGAGGGGAUGAGUGCAUGUCGGAGGAGAUGGCCAGCGACAUCAGUUUCAGGCGGCUUGGCUGCACCAUCAAUAUACUGGUCGAGAUGAGAGUAGAAGAGGAAAUCAAGGAUCGCACCAUACCAGGAAGCCAUCCGAGCAGCCGGAAAAGCCAACAACGUGGGCAAGGUGGAUGAAAGUGUAAAAAGAGCAGUAGGAACUGCUAAUAAAGCCGCAACUGCAGCAAGAGUAGCAGCUGUGAAGGCAGUACAAAAUCAGAUGCACCACGACAACAAUCUUUCAAAUUGACAUUGCCAAAAUACCCUUGAUUGGAGUUUUUGUAGUGGUCCCAAAAUUAUACUACCUCUACAAUGAGCCAAAAGUGAAUACAAGGUAUCUACAUACUUGUAGUCCUGCAUGCAUGUCUAUAUGAACUAGUAGCAUUUAAUCGCAUUGAGGAUCAUAGGAGCAAGCCCAAAUUCUUUGGGUCCUCCCCGAAUUGUUGGCCGGGCAAUAAAAAGUGUACAUACCUGUAUCUUUGUUGUUGCUACAUGUUGCUGAGAGCAUGCAUUAAAGCACUUGGGGCAAGUAGUUUAGUGGUGUUUCAUGGAAUCAUGGUGUUGGAGGUAGUGUAAUAAUAACAUAUAAAGUAGGAGGAGACUGAGGAUUGUGUAAUAACAAGGUGUACAUGAUGCGUUUUGUUUGUGACGUAAUGGUUGUGCUUAAGAUAUGCUGAUAUGAGUAAAAAGGAUGAAAUGAUUUGAAUCACGUG